GUGUCAGCUCUGGUAAUUAAUGGAAAAGAGAUAGAACCAGAUAUAGAGCUGAAACAUGAUGCUAUUUCUGUCACAAAAUGACAGAGGUGACUAUAAUUAUUCCUGUGUACAAUGGUUCAAGAUGGAUAGAUGAAUGUUUCCAGUCAAUAGUGAAUCAAACAUACAAAACUAAAUUUCAAGUCUCUGUGUACAAUGAUGGAAGUAAGGACAAUUCACUUGAACUAAUAGAAAAAUGGAGAACAGCAUUUUUAGAGAGAGACAUAGAUCUGUGUGUCACAGGACAUAAUGAUCAGUCACCAAGGGGAGUUGGAUGGUCUAAGAAUAAAGCAGUUGAGAUAAGUGCUGGGCAGUUCCUUUGUUUUCUGGAUAUUGAUGACAUUAUGGAUAAAGAUAGGUUACUAAAACAGUAUCAAGCAGCUCAGUCACAAGAUAAUGUGAUUGUAGGAUGUAGAUUCCACAGAGAACCAGUUGGGUCAACAGAAAGAUACACAAGAUGGGCUAAUAAUCUACCUCAUGGUAAAUUGAUGACACAGAUUUAUACAUCCCAUGGCCCAACAGUUAUUAUGCCUACAUGGUUCUGCUCUAGAAAUGUGUUUGAUAAAGUUGGAGGAUUUGAUGAAGGAGGAAUGGGUGUUCCAGAAGAUCUGAUAUUUUUCUACAAGCAUCUAGACCUUGGUGGAUCAUUAAUGAGAAUAGAUGAAGAUCUAUUAAUGUAUCGCUAUCAUCAGACAUCAGCUACCUUCUCUGUCAAAGAAGAGACGAUAUGGAACAUUAGACUUAAACAUUUACAGAAGCAAGUGCUAUCUGUGUUAUCAGAGUAUACAAUCUGGAAUGCUGGGAGGCAAGGAAGAAAAUUUUUCCGUUCUCUCUCAACUGAUAAUCAGAACAAGGUAAAAUCUUUCUGUGAUGUUGAUCUAAAGAAAAUUGAGAAAGGAUACUACACUUUUGAGGAAUCAAAAAUAAAACCAAAACCAAAGAUUCCAAUAGUCCAUUUUACAAAGGCCACACCUCCAUUCAUUAUCUGUCUAAAACUGGAUAUGACAGAUGGAGAGUUUGAGAAGAAUUUGGCAUCAAUGAAUCUUACUGAAGGUACUGACUUUUUCUUGUUCUCCUGAUGAAUGAACAUGUCACCAGUGGACAAAACAGUGUAUUAUUCCCCAAUCAUCAUGGAAUCCAGGAUCAUACAGAGAUGAUUCUCGUUGUUUCAAAUAAGGAAGUGGAAAGUGAGUUGCUAGCCAAUGAUCCAUAAAGUAUACAGAUUGCAGUUGCAGAAGCUCAAAUCAUUGUUCAACUGAAAACUUACAACGGGAUAGACAUUGAUCAAAGAGGAUACUGAAUAAAAGAAAUCUCAUUUGUUA